AUGGCUGGUGUUCCCGGUUUCGUUUCCACUGCUGGUCAUCCCACCCUUAUGCCGGGACAGCUCUCCAACUACUCCACCCUCUCAGGCGCAAACACGGGGUGCGUCCUACCCGCGUCCGGAAAGGAGAAUCGUAUCCCUUCAAGUCAACGGUACAUCACGCGGGCAGACUCUCCUCUCUCCAGCAGGCGGGUGAGGAUUCCAACUCAACCGCUCACGCCCUCUCCGGGCCGCGUUUUAACGUGGCCUAAGAUGGCGAUCCAUUUCAACCCCCAGGAGGGUGGAGUAUAUUUUGCCGAUGUCGACCAACAAUUGGUUGAAUCCCUCCGCUCGGGCAAUGAGUGUGUUUUCCCGCUGGUUCAACAAGGGCGGGCCGAGUUCAGGAUCUUGUGGCCUGGUUAUGGCCAUAUGGCGCACACUUACAGCAUCCCUACCGUCAUUCACGGCCGCCCGAUCACUCGAAGGGACCUUGCGCGACAUAUUGUCGCAUUCUAUCGCCAGUUCUGGGAGGAGGCCCGCAGGGCCCAAGUCUCCCCCGGCAACGAGUGCUGGGCCGUCAAGCGGUUUGACUUUGAUGAGCUUGUGCUCGUCUCGAUCUCAAACUGUGACGGCCACGAUGCCGUAUUUCAGGCGGUAGUCGAGGUCCCCCGUCCCUGA